AUGAAAAGAGGUUCAACUUCAACUAAUCUACCGCGACCUCUAAAAAGAUAUAAAGCUGAACGAUGUAUAGUAUCAGACGCAGAAACAUCUACUGUUGAGGAUAGUCAUCCGAACGUAACAAAUCAAGAAGAGGGCCCUCACUCUUCCAGUACACCAAUUUAUCCGAAAAAAAUCAAAGCAGGUGAGCAUGGUCCUGAGGAGAGAGUUGAGCAAUUUACAAUCAAAACAUCUUUGCACAAUACAUACCGAAACAACACAAUGGCUCAAGAAUUUUUAAAAGCUGCCAAAUAUACCACCAAGGUUUUGUUUGUUGGCUCCAUGUUUGCAAACUUUGUCUUUAUCAAACUACUCAAUUCCAAUCAAGAAAUUCCGGCUAUUGGACAAAGCUUGUUUAUCAAUAUGUUUACUAUCAUAUCUGGAAAUGGCAAAAAUACUUCGCCGAGUUUUCAAAAGACCGUCCAGAUCGAUCCUCAAGCACCUUUUAGAGUAUUGAGCCAGUGCGAUAAACCCAAUUAUCGCAAGGGAUUGAAAACAGAAUCUGAUUUAAUUGACUUUUAUUACAAGUAUUUUAACUUUUCAAAAAUUGUAUUCCGUACUCGAGAAAGUCUUACGAACGAAAAGAAAAAAUUCAAGCAAGUACAAAAUAAACAUGAUACCGCAGUGUCUAACCUAGGUCCAUAA